AUGACGAACAAGAGAGAUGACGGUGGUCCGACGAGCCAGGGCCACCGGAUAGGUGGUGUUAUUGACCGGAGCAGUCGUGUGGGUAAGGAGCAGAAGUUAGCCAUGGAGAUGGCUGUUCAUGAUUUUCAUGAUGAUGAUCAGAUGUCAACAAGUUCUUAUAAACUGGUUUUGCACCUCGUGGAUUCAUAUGGGAACUCAGCACAAGCGCUUUCUGCUGCAAUUGACCUCAUCGACCGCAAAGAAGCAGAAGCCAUAGUUGGACCAUUGAGCUUGCAUGAAGCGUCUGUGGUCUGUGAAUUGAACAAUGUCACCAAGGACAUCCCCAUCAUCUCCAUUGCUCCAACAGCCAUAUCUCCACCACUUCUGCCACCACAACCACCAUUUUUCAUCCAGAUGAGUAACGAUGUCGCCACACACAUGCAUUGCAUCGCCGCCAUUGUCGGUCACUUCGGGUGGCGAAAGGUGACAGCAAUAUAUGAACAAAGCACCAGACUCUCCACCGACUCUGGCCUCAUCAUUCACCUCUCCGAUUCACUCCGAGCCGUCGACUCAGUCGUUGAGCGCCACAUAGGUAUCCCUCCUAUAUCUUCUCUUACAAACCCAAGACUCUUUAUUGAAGAAGAGCUGAAGAAGCUCAGAAGCAAGAGCAAUAGGGUGUUUAUACUCAUACAGUCUUCUUUAGACUUUGCCGCCAUUCUUUUCGAGAAGGCAAAGCAAAUGGGAAUGAUGGGGAAAGGGUACGUAUGGAUUGUUUCAGAUGACAUUGCAAGCCUUCUUGAUUCUGUUGGUCCAUCCGUCAUUUCUAACAUGCAAGGUGUAAUUGGUUUGAAGACCAACUUCAUAGACACUACUGAGUCUUAUAGACAGUUUAGAAUUAGAUUUCGCAGGAAUUUUACGUCAGAACACCCAGAAGAAGAGGAACAUCCAGACCCAAGUAUAUUUGCACUUCGAGCUUAUGAUGCAACAUGGGCCAUUGCUAAAGCCAUGCAAAUUUCUCAAAGAGAGAGAAAACCAAAAGGGUUAGUAAAUCACAUUUUGUCUAGUGAUUUUGAAGGUUUAUCUGGAAGAAUAAGAUUCAAUAAAGGCCGAUUAUCAGAAUUACCAACCUUUAGGAUCAUAAAUGUGAUUGGUAAAAGCUAUAGAGAAGUGGCAUUCUGGUCACUAGUAUUUGGUUUCUCUGAGGACUUCAUCAAACAGGAUGAAAUGAAGAAGAGAAUUGGCAAUGGUUUAGUUGGAGACUUGGAUUCAAUUUAUUGGCCAGGCCGUGAGCGAACGGUGCCAAAGGGAUGGAGUUUAGGUGAGGGAGAGACACGGUUGAAGAUCGGCGUUCCGGCGAGGGGUGCUUUCACCCAGUUUGUGAAUGUUUGGUAUGAUCCAAGUAGGAAUAAAACGAAGGUGACCGGAUUUUCAAUUGAAGUUUUUAAAGCUGCUGUGAAGAGGCUACGUUAUGACUUGUCAUAUGUGUUCGUUCCCUGGAAUGGCUCGUAUGAUGAAAUGGUAGCUGAAGUUCAUAAAAAGGCUCAAAUGGUCCAGAUGUUUGACUAG